AUGCAGAUUGAGGUGAAGUGUAGCUGCGGCGCUGAGAACUGUCCGGAAUGGGCGAUCGUGGAGCUGCAAGGCGUUGUCGAGGUCCAGCCUUCCCAUCGAGAUGGAAUCCAGAACCUCGAAAUCGGACGCCUCUGCCGGCCUUCCUCCGACGAAAAGUACACUCUCACGAUCGGUUAUCACGAACUGUCGGGAACGAAGGUCACCUUGAAGAAGCCCCUGGCCGUGCUGAAGAAAGUCAAGCGCACGGAUGACGGUGACGACUCCUCAAGCAAGGUGGAGCUGGACGUUGUCGGCGUCAUACGCCACAAGAUUCUGUUCAAGACCAGACCCAAGGCCCUAAUCUCCAAACCUCCUGAACCGGCCGUGAAGGAACGAGCCAGCGGUACUAGCUCUAAGAACUGACCGGAGACAGAUCGAAUGGGGGAAUCGAAGCGUGAUUUGAUUCGCUAUUUCUGAAUUGCCAGUUCAAUUUCAUGAGUAUUUCUAGGCUUCAAUCUUUUGCAGAAAUGUAAGCAGA